UGCAUCAAGCCACAUUAUGUUAAACAACAUUCUACUGUUGUCUCUUCAGCUAAGUCUUCUCGGAAAUGCUCUUGGUGGAAAAGUGCUUAUUUGGCCAAUGGAAGGUAGUCACUGGCUAAACGUUAAGAUCAUUAUCGAUGAGCUGAUUAAAAAAGACCAUAAUGUGACGGUUCUACUUUACUCGGGUGCACUAUUCAUCGCGCCAACCGUUAACCCAUCUCUGACAUUUGAAAUAUAUAAUGUACCCUUUGGCAAGGAAAGAAUAGAAGGCGUUAUCAAAGACUUUGUUCUGACAUGGCUGGAAAACAGACCAUCUCCUUCAACCAUUUGGAGAUUCUAUCAGGAGAUGGCCAAAGUCAUCGAGGACUUCCACAUGGUGUGCAGAGAGAUUUGUGAUGGUGUCCUUAAAAACCAAAAGCUGCUGGAAAAACUGAAGAAAGAUGAGUUUGAGGUCCUGGUAUCAGAUCCAGUAUUUCCUUGUGGUGACAUAAUAGCUUUAAAACUGGGAAUUCCAUUCAUGUACUCCUUAAGGUUUUCUCCAGCCUCAACAGUGGAAAAGCACUGUGGGAAGGUUCCGUUUCCUCCUUCCUAUGUUCCUGCUAUUUUAUCAGAGCUCACCGACCAGAUGUCUUUUGCUGACAGAGUAAGAAAUUUUAUCUCCUAUCAUCUACAAGAUCACAUGUUUGAAACUCUUUGGAAGUCAUGGGAUUCCUACUAUAGUCAAGCUUUAGAUGGUAGCCACUGGUUAAACAUUAAGAGCAUUUUAGAAGAGUUGAUUCAAAGAAAUCACAAUGUGACUGUACUGGCUUCAUCAGCAACUUUAUUCAUCAAUUCCACUCCUGAUUCUACUGUGAAUUUUGAAGAGAUACCUGUUUCUUAUAAGAAGAGCCAUAUAGAUUCCUUAAUUGAACAUAUGAUAAUGCUAUGGAUAGACCAUAGACCAACUCCUCUGACACUAUGGACUUUCUACAAAGAACUAGGAAAACUCCUGGAAACUUUCUUUCGAAUUAAUGUACAAAUCUGUGAUGGCAUAUUAAACAACCCCAAGUUAAUGGCAAAACUUCAGAAAGCUAGUUUUGACGUGUUGGUAGCAGACCCAGUAACAAUCUGUGGUGACCUGGUGGCUGUAAAAUUAGGAAUCCCUUUUGUGUAUACGUUGAGGUUCUCUCCAGCCUCAACUGUGGAGAGACACUGUGGACAAAUCCCAGCACCAGUUGCCUACGUACCUGCAGCCUUGUCAGAGCUCACUGACCAGAUGACCUUUGGUGAAAGGGUGAAAAAUACCAUCUCUUAUCCUCUGCAAGACUAUAUAUUCCAAUCCUACUGGGGAGAAUGGGAUUCAUACUACAGCAAAGUUCUAGGAAGACCCACUACAUUAUGUGAGAUUAUGGGGAAAGCUGAAAUUUGGCUAAUCCGGACAUACUGGGAUUUUGAAUUUCCUCGUCCUUACCUACCUAACUUUGAGUUUGUUGGAGGAUUGCACUGCAACCAUUCCAAACCUUUACCAAAGGUUUUAUGGAGAUACAAAGGAAAUAAACCAGCUGCUUUAGGAGCCAAUACUCGACUCUAUGACUGGAUACCUCAGAAUGAUCUUCUAGGUCAUCCCAAAACCAAAGCUUUCAUCACUCAUGGUGGAACUAAUGGCAUUUAUGAAGCAAUUUACCAUGGUGUCCCCAUGGUGGGAAUUCCCAUGUUUGCUGAUCAGCCUGAUAACAUCGCUCACAUGAAAGCCAAAGGAGCAGCUGUGGAUGUGAACAUGAACACGAUGACAAGCGCAGAUUUGCUCAAUGCCUUAAAAACUGUCAUUAAUGAACCUUCUUAUAAAGAGAAUGCUAUGAGAUUAUCAAGCAUUCAUCAUGAUCAACCUGUGAAGCCCCUGGAUCGAGCAGUCUUCUGGAUUGAGUUUGUCAUGCGCCACAAAGGAGCCAAGCACCUCAGGGUUGCUGCCCAUGACCUCACCUGGUUCCAGUACCACUCUCUGGAUGUGAUCGGGUUCCUGCUGGCUUGUAUUAUAUCUGCUAUGUUUUUGGUCACAAAAUGUUGUUUGUUUUUCUAUAAAAAAUUCCACAAAACAGAAAAGAAGAAAAAGAGGGAGUAGAUUAGGAAAAGGCGGGAAUAGAUCUUACUACAUUAGGCUGAGUCCUCAGUGGAGUGAUCUUGUUUAUUCCAGUUAUAAGGAGCUUAACAAAAUACAUCUCCAUUCUGUUUUCAAGUUUCUCUUUCUGCUUCCUCAGCCUAGAGACAGAGCACAGAAUUCAACAUGACCAUUAUCUAGUGAGUGUACCUUGUUUUUUCUCUCUUUUUAGGUGGCUUUACCUUCCUCUCACUUACUGACAAAGGGACACUAUUAAUUUUAAAUAGUUUGUUUUCAUUAUGUCAAUAUUUUCUUUAUUUUUAAGCCUGACCGAUAUGCUGACUUAUGGUAGGCUGAAUCCUGAGGAACUUCCCAAAAGUAUAAAUGGAAUUGGGCAGAUGUGGUGAACACAGAACAGUCAAAUUUGCACGUUCUGAAGGACCAUACGAUUCAGAAAAAAUAACAUUAGUGUGCAACGAGAGAACAAUAGUUUUCUUUUUCAUUAAUAAAAAACCCUUUUGCUUGCCCCAAAUUACAGAGAUUACAGUAAGAACUGAUAAGUCUGUAGUGUAUCAUAGUGGGAAACAUCUGUAAAAGUUCCUUUCAGCACAUCUUGGUAAUAAUAAUCAUACUUUCUAACUUUCUUGCCUUCAACACACGUUCUUGUGUGCCAUCUACUGGCAAGAUUUGGCACUGUUUUCAAAACAGAUCAAUUGAGUCAUGAAUUUUGUCAAGGGGAAAGAAUGUCAGCAAAUAGUCAAUGUGAACACGUCAUUUUGGAGAAAAUACAGUAUGCAGUAAGAAAAAUUUUCACAAUUUUAUGAAAAUUUUAACUGGCAGUACAGUUUAUAAUCUUGCGUUAAUCAUUAUAUAAAAAUCACUAAUACUUGUAAUCUAUAAUCACUAUAAUGAAGAGUUUAAUUUUAUGCUAAAAAAUAAGUGAAUACUUGGAAUUUGAAAUCACUAUUAAUUUUCAGUCUGUGUCUUUGACAAAUCUAACUUUGUCAAUUAAUUAUUAAGGCAAAGAUAUAUUAGCCUAGGAGAUUGAACAGGAAUAUGGUAAAUAUUUAUUAAUGCAAAUAUAACUUAAAAGAAAAUAUUCACAUUUAAAUCAGCUUUCAUUAAUUUAACAAAUGCAGUGACAAUUAUACUUUCUUUAGCCCUUAUAAACUUAAUGGCAUAUCUAACAAAAGUGUUAAUUUCAAUAGUUGAUAUAUAAUUGAGAUUAAUGACAUCCAUUGGCACAAAAGUUUUAACUUCAAUAGUUGAUAUAUAAUUGAGAAGAUUAAUGGCAUCCAUUGACUUAGUGAAAAGUGUUCAAAUUCUUAUUUCUUCUUAUGAUAUAUUGAAAAUUACAUCUAUUGAAAAAAUACCAAUAUGAUAGGGAUGUGUAUUCUUGAAUAUGUGAAUCACUGAAAAUGCAAAUAAAUUACUACAAUUUUUUUUUGCUAAGGGUGACAAUAAAUUUGUGAAAUGAUACAAAUUUUUUAAAACAGUAAUACAUACUAAUGUGUUUUGAGUCUUCCAAUUUUCUUAUAUGUUGUGAAGAGCUGUUUGUUUUCUGCAUGCCUGGUUUGUUUUCUGCAGUUAAAAGGCAGUCAUACCUUAAAUCCAAUAAAGGGGACUACUUACUGCUGGGGUUGAGCACCACAUAAGCUUGGGCACCCAAAUGGUCUCUGAAAA